CCGAGCUGCACCCGCCAUCGCCAUCUCCCUCUUCCAUCUUCUCUCUCGCACCCAACAUUAUCCUCCAGAAUAUAUCUCCUCGUUGCUUCCUUGAAUCUACCAACACACCUUGCACAACAUGGAUAAAUUGGUCGCUCAAUACUCCCGCCCGCCGCAUCAGAAUGAGUUCUACUCAGAGCAAGAGCAGCGGGACCUCACAGAGAGCCUUCCUCCGCUCUCUCUGAAGUUCAACCUGCCUCCUGUUGAUAACUCUAGAGCCUUCCUUCGUGCCAUGACCGAUGACCACUCGAAUCCCAGCUGCCCCAUCAAACUUGCCCACGGAACGACGACACUGGCUUUCCGAUUCCAGGGCGGAAUUAUCGUCGCUACGGAUUCGAGAGCUACUGCUGGAAACUGGAUUGCGAGUCAGACAGUCAAGAAGGUUAUUCCCGUUUCGCGGUUGAGCCGCGGGGAGGACAAGCCGUCAAAUGAGCCCACUCCCGGCCUUUUGGGCACCAUGGCCGGAGGUGCUGCGGACUGCCAAUACUGGUUGAGAUAUCUGAGCCAGCAAUGCACACUUCACGAAAUCCGUCACAAGCGCCGUAUCACCGUCGCCGCUGCCUCGAAGAUUCUCGCCAACCUGACAUAUGCCUACAAGGGAAUGGGUCUGAGCAUGGGAACGAUGUUAGCAGGAAUGACGCCCCAAGAAGGACCCGCUCUCUACUACAUCGACUCAGACGGCACCCGACUCCCCGGAAACCUGUUCUGUGUCGGAUCCGGUCAGACCUUCGCAUAUGGUGUGCUUGACGCCAACUACCACUAUGACUUGACUGAGGAGGAGGCCCUCGAGCUCGGCCGCAGAAGUAUCCUUGCUGCCAUGCACCGUGACGCGUACUCUGGUGGUUUCAUCAACCUGUACCAUGUCAAGGAAGAGGGAUGGGUGCACCACGGUUUCAACGACAUGAACCCGAUAUUCUGGAAGACGAAGCUGGAGAAGGGCGAGUUCUCGAAUGUCACGUCGGAGUUGUAAGCGCGGGAAGUGCUGAUGGGUUCUGUAUGGUGGAUAUGAUACUCUUAUUUAGGCCUAAGAUUUUUAUUAUGUGAUGCUCCUUG